AUGGAUUCCAUCUUAGAAAUAGAUAAGUCAGAGAUUAGAAAUAUCAAGGAGGUUAUAAACUAAAAUAGAGAUCUCUUCUUGCAAAACGCCCCUUAGAUUUUCGAAGAUAGUUUCCAUCUUAUUCUAUCAACAGGUGCAAAGUCAGACGCCUUCCACUUGAUAAAAUAGCUAUCAGAUCCUAACAAUUAGUCAGCAGAUGCUCUAAAUUCCCUAUUCAAUGCAGUUCUUAUUAUUUGCACAAAUAUAUUCAAAGCCAAUCUUAAGGGAUAAGAAGAGUUUUCACAUAUUAUUGAUGAACUUGGCUUGAAAUCUAGAGCGCAAGAUAUGCAAAAGAUAUUCGGACUAGCCUAUUUAAAGCGAGUAGAUCAGCUUUCAAAUGUAUAUGAUGAUGAAUAGUAGAGUAUGACUCAACAGUAUUCAAAGAAAUUCCCAUUAAAUCUCGCACUCUAGGAUGAUAACUUGAUGGUAACUAACAGUAGACUUGUUGAUUUAGAGUGGAGAAUUCUCUAUCAGCUCAGUAGCAAAAAUCUUAAUAAAUUAUUCGCACCUAGAUUCUAAAUAACAAUGGUCUUAUUGUCUUAAGGAGACUUUGUGAAAGGAGGCGCUGUAGAAGAGACCGAGUGGUCUUCAAAGAGAGACUAUCUUAGAUUGAGAAAAAUAUAGUUCGAAUGCGAUCACUAGGAGUUAACUCACUUACUGUUUAAGAUUAAGAGUGCUUGUAAUGCUCUAGAAAGUUUUAUGAAAAAAGCUUGA